AUGGCCACCGCAAACCUUUCCAUACCCCUUCUCUCUCUUCCACGUCACCACCACCUCCACCUUCACCCUAACCUCAUCACCGUUCCAACUCGGCUUCGACUCGGCCUGCGAACUCAAGCUCUGGGCCAUGACAUGCUGGGCGAUUUUGGCGCCAGAGACCCCUUCCCAGCUGAGAUAGCAAGUGGGUUUGGUGAGAAGGUGUUGGGCACCGGCAACACAGAGCACAAGAUUCUCAUCCCCAUUCUCUCUUCUCUCUCUCUGUCCCAGCUAGACUGCAGCCCUGUCUCACCUCUCCAGCCUCCUAUGCCUGAAGACGAUGCCCAGAAGCUCCUCAGAAAGGUUGUUGGGUGGAGAUUGAUAGUUGGAGAAGGUGAGCUCAAAUUACAGUGUCUUUGGAAAUUGAGAGAUUAUAAAUGUGGGGUUGAGCUCAUCAACAGGAUUUAUAAGGUUGCAGAAGCUGCAGGGCAUUUCCCAAAUCUUCACUUGGAGCAACCCAAUCAAGUUAGAGCAGAGCUAUGGACAUCUUCCAUUGGAGGAUUGAGCAUGAAUGAUUUCAUUGUAGCUGCCAAAAUAGAUGAUAUAAAAACAUCAGAUCUUGUGCCCAGAAAAAGAGUUUGGGCUUAG